AGUGAAGCAGUACGUUGUGUAUAAUACUUAUCUAUAUUUUGCGCUUAAUUAUCCCACAGAAAUUGAUUUACUGCGUGUGCGUGCCUGUGUGUGCAUGGUGUGAAAGAGAGCAUUCUCUGGCCUAGAAUCUAAUCCACUUAGUGGUGCUCUUGCAUCCGGCUUGUUGCCCGUCAGACACUUCCUCCAAUGAUGGACAAGACUGGCAGACACAGAGAGGCUAUGUACAGGACUGAAAUAGGAUGUUGAGGCUCUUGAUUGUUGCCACACUAUUCAACGGCAGAGAUGGAAUCAAUACUUUUUGCUCUAGUCGUGCAGCUAUUGCAAUGCACUCGAAAGCCAUUCUUAUAACAAUAUCUUGUUAUUUCUCGCCUCCUUUUCUUAUACACUACAAUUGCACAUCCAUACAAAACUGUAUAAUGUACAUGAAUAUAUCUGCAACCCAUGCUAUGGCUCUGUGUAAGCACAGCACAUAGUAUUAUAUCUGUGGUAGUAGUGGAUGGGUUGUUGUUAGCUGUGUUUAAAAGAUUAACCAGUCCUAGGAGCUUAGUGUUAGCAGCACUCACUGUGUUCUGCUUCCUUACUCUGUCGCUAUCUCUGGACCCUACUGCAGAUAGAGUUCAUGCAGAACACCUGAAGACUACUUGGCAUGCUUCUGUGCCUUUUUAUGGAGAUUUAAAUGGAAGUUUGAAGAGAAACUCAUUAACAUCCAUGCAUGCUUUUUCUUUGGUUCAGAACUGAGUUGUUUACCUCUCCUGCUUGUAGAGACUGCUACUGAGGGACAGAAGACAGGCAACCAUGAGACUGUACUCACUGCUGCUUCUGCUCCUGGGGUCCUCACACGGGGUAUUCGCACAGCUGCCUGAGUUAAUGGAGGAGGAAGGUAGCGGUGUGACAGAGGUGACUCCAGAGCCAGAACCUGUGGAUGACACCUACUGGUCAGGCACAGCCCCCAUCUGUAUGGGAGGUUGUAAGGGGAGACACCAGGAACUGAAGAAGGAUCGCUGUGGGGACUCUGACUGCUGCUGGUUUGGCUAUAAAUCCCUCUGCAGAGUGAACUGUGGGAGGCCUGAUGUGGACUAUAACGGGAUGGUGUACGGGAACGACUGGUGGGUGGGCUCAGUUGUCCGGUAUGCCUGUCGCUCUGGCUUCCUAUUGGUGGGGGACCCUGCCCGAGCCUGCCAGUCCAAUGGAGGCUGGACCCCCAAACCCUCCUGUCUCAGGGUGUGUCAUCAGGGCCGCGUGGAGAUCACUGAGAAGGAGCUAGAAACAGCUACCUGCUCCUCCACCUGUCCCCUUAAGUCCUACAUGGGGCCUCUUAAGCAGGGCUGCUACGGCAUCGACAACUGCAGGAAGAUGAAUCCUGACUGGAAGCGCUGGUUCACCCGCUGUGACACGUGCCUGUGUGAUUGCCACAUCGCCUGUGUAUCUUUAGGUUAAAAGACGGACAAAUUCCACUAUUGAGUGACUAGAAUAUGUAUUCCAAAACCAUCACAAGGAUAUCGGUGAACAGCCUAACAUCACAGAUCCUCAUUGGAAUCUCAAUCGGAAUGCUCGAAUCCUCGUCGGACUAUUGCUGCUUCAUCUGCUGUCAAAAGGAGGAUCAAAGGGAAACCUAGCGAGACAUCUCUGUGGAACUAACAGUCUGUUGUGAGAGACUGCGGUCCUAACCUCAACAACCUCAUAGGGUUAACGUAUAGAACACAGUGGAGGUAAAGACACUACUUUUCCUCAGUUUCCUAAACAAACUCCCUGACUACAUAAAGGACUCAUCAUGCAGCGUAUAUUAACCGUUUUGACGAUAGAGGGGGAGGCCUCUCCUAGUGUAGAGGUUCUGUUGGGAUUAACGAGUUGUCCUUUAGCUCAACCUGCUCAUUCAAUCUGUCCUGGAACCUAGAAUGAGCUAGUUGUUGAGCUGAGACCUUAAUCUUGUUACCCACCGCAGCCCAAAGGAGAGUAGAGGUUUCGGUGGAAGUCAGAGAGGAGGACCAGGUUAACUAUCUAACAGCAUGUUUACUGUACUGCAUGUGGGGAUAGCUUGGAAUACAUAAUAUGCAAUGUGUAUUUCUAAAUUAUUAAUUCUUAAUUACGAGAUUAUGCUCUAAAAAUAGCCUUAAAAUCUAAAUUAGAGCAUGACAGACGUAGGUUUACCAUGUUGAGAAAUAAGGUGAUGAAAGAAAUCAAGACAGGCCAAGGCAAACUUUUUUAUUAACAUAAUUGGUGAAGCAAAGGGAAAUUCU